UUUCAGUCAACAGAGGCGGAGCAAACCUCUCACUGCGUAAAGUUUCCUUCCCGCAUUUGCUGUGCGAGGCAUUUGUGCGGGGUGCAUGGCCGACUGACUUUACCGCGAUGGAUAAUGUUGUGUUUUUCUGUAGAGUAGCUGUGUAAACGGUGCGACGGAGACGGAGCAGAUGCGGCUCUUGCCAUGAUUCGUCCCGGGAAGCAGAGCUUUCAAGCGGCGUUGAUCUUUCUGUCUGUCGCCCAGCUGACUGCAGGUCUGAGGUGUGUUUGCCAGCUUUGUGCCAACCACACCUGUGAGACGACCGCAGACGGCGCCUGCUGGAACUCUGUGAUGCUGAUUGACGGGAAGGAGGAGACGGACAAGUCCUGCCUGUCGCCCUCUAAAUUGAAGGGCCAGGUCUUUUGCUACAGCUCCCGAAACGUCUCCAAGAGGAACUGCUGCUUCACUGACUUCUGCAACAAUGAGACUCUGCACUUACACCCAGAAAGGCCUUUGGAAGAGCCUGGCUGGAGCAGGCUGCAGCUCACUGUGUUGAUCCUGGUUCCCUCCUGCCUGUUGUGUGUGGGGAUCCUGCUCGGUGUGUUCGUUGUGCAGGGCCACCGCUGUGCCUACAGUAGAGCCCGCAAGCAGGACCAAGAGGAGCCUCUGGAUGACCAGAUGCUAAUGUCCACCGACAAAAGUCUUAAAGACCUCAUCUAUGACAUGAGCACCUCAGGCUCUGGAUCAGGUCUGCCACUGCUGGUCCAGCGAACUAUAGCUCGGACCAUUGUCCUGCAGGAGACCAUUGGGAAGGGUCGGUUUGGUGAAGUGUGGCGGGGAAAGUGGCGAGGAGAAGAUGUGGCGGUGAAGAUCUUCUCCUCCAGGGACGAGAGAUCGUGGUUUCGUGAAGCAGAGAUUUAUCAGACAAUCAUGCUCAGACAUGAGAACAUCUUGGGCUUCAUUGCUGCUGACAACAAAGAUAACGGCUCGUGGACCCAGCUCUGGUUGGUGUCAGAGUACCAUGAGCAUGGCUCUCUGUAUGACUACCUGAACAGGUACACAGUCUCCUUGGAAGGCAUGAUCGUCCUUGCUCUGUCCGUAGCUAGUGGGCUGGCGCAUCUCCACAUGGAAAUCAUUGGAACACAGGGGAAACCUGCCAUUGCUCACAGGGAUCUAAAGUCUAAAAAUGUCCUGGUAAAGAAGAACGGCACGGCAGUCAUUGCGGAUUUGGGCUUGGCUGUGAAACACGACUCAAGCACCAACUCCAUUGACAUGCCGUCCAACCACAGAGUGGGAACCAAGCGGUACAUGGCCCCAGAAAUCCUGGAUGAGACAAUCAAUAUAACUAGCUUUGAGUCAUUCAAGAGGGCGGAUAUCUACUCACUAGGUCUGGUGUUCUGGGAACUGGCCAGAAGAUGCUCUGUUAGAGGACUUCAUGAAGAUUUCCAGCUGCCUUAUUACGACCUGGUGCCUUCUGAUCCGACCAUCGAGGACAUGAGGAAGGUGGUGUGUGAGCAGAAACUCAGACCCAACGUUCCCAACCAGUGGCAGAGCUGUGAGGCUCUGCGUGUGAUGGGCAAACUGAUGAGAGAGUGCUGGCAUGCCAACCCUGCUGCUCGACUCACUGCUCUGCGGGUCAAGAAAACGGUGUCUCAGCUGUCUGCCAUCAAGGAUGUCAAAGAUUAGUUAGAUUUGUUGCCCUGCAGAUCAGCACUGGUGCAACGUGAUGGACUGAGAGUUGUUGAAAGCAACAACUGGGAGAAACUGUUCUCUCUAACGUCCUGAGGCUGCCCUCUUCAGGACACAACAACACUGUUCACCCUCAGAGAGCAACUUCAGGUUGUUUUUGGUGCCAAAGUAUUGUAGGGCGUGUCUGUGGCUGCUUUGCACAUAGACACCUAGUUAAAAACAAAAUUGAACCAAACUGCUGAACUUUUGGUCAGAAGAGCCAUAUGAAAUAAGAAUAUGUCUUAUAUAUACAGAUUAUUUUGCUACCUCAGACAUUUAAGUGCCCAAAGCUUGAAGUUGCACAUUAUGAUGUUUUUGUGCCAUAUCUUGUAUCAAAUACAGUAUUGCUGAGUAGUUGGUGUGCUAACUGACAAUCACAAAUUAUACUGGAUAAAACACCCUGACUGGUUCUGACUGGUUUUAAAUGCCACACUUACAUACUGUCCCCAAUUUUUAAAGUGUUUGUAGUGUACACUUAACAGGAAUACAACUAAAUAUAAGCUAUAUACAUCCAAGUUAGUUUUCAGUGUGAUUUAGUUCUGACUAGUGAUUUUUAACCACCAUGGCUCCAUGGAUGGCAAUGACAGUUUGUCCAUUGGAUCUGUUGAUCCAAAUACCUCGACAUGUAUUGAAUGCAUCACAAUGACAUUCCUGGUCCCCAGAGGAUGAACCCCCCUGAUCCCCUGACUUUAAGUAUAACUAAAGGCUGAGUCUCAGUUUAGUUGAGCUGAAACUAAUAAGAAUGACCCUAAAAUCAUUAGUGGUUUGGAUUUAGUUAAAAAAACGUAUCGAUUUCUCUGGCGCCACCCUCAGACAAAACUUUAAAUAUUUGGAUUGACUAGUGGUAAGAAUUACAUUUUAAAUUAUAAAGCAGUCUCCAUAUUUGAACAGCCUCAUGGGAUCAGUAGAGUGGCUAUAGACAUUUUCUUUGUCUUGUCCUUUACAGAAAGAGAAGUACAACUAUAAGCUCCUGCUAUAC